CGGUUAUCCUUUUCCAACAUACACAUACAUAUAAGCACUUGUGGGAUUUAAUCUCUGGUGCACUAAGUCGAAAACCCCCACCAUCGGGAACAAAGUGACAAAGUGAAAAGAACCUCUUAAAAAAAUAUCAGAGCCUUUGUCUACAAUGGCACCUUCUCACCGCCGUGGACCUUGGGUCCCUGAAGAGGAUCAAUUGCUACUUCAGUUGGUUCGGGAACAAGGCCCCAACAACUGGGUGCGCAUUUCGCAGCACAUGCACUACCGGUCUCCCAAGCAAUGCCGGGAACGAUUCCACCAGAAUCUCAAGCCAUCUUUGAACCGCGAGCCCAUCUCCGCUGAUGAGGGUCUGAUGAUUGAGCGGAUGGUGAACGAAAUGGGCAAGCGGUGGGCGGAAAUUGCCCGACGACUCGGCAAUCGCAGCGACAACGCAGUAAAGAACUGGUGGAACGGCAGUAUGAACCGCAAGAGGAGAGGCCUCCCCACUUCAAGCACCUCACACAUCUCACGCACUUUCAAUGGUCGGAUUGAAGCCCCAUAUGCGCGCGCCUCCGUGUCUUUGAGCAGCCCGAUCAGCCGGUCUCGCUUUACUUCUAUCUCGACCGAUAGACCUCUUACGUCCUGGUCGAGGCGGGACUCCACCUCGACCACUUCCCUGGACGGCCCUCGCCAAUUGACGCCUAUCUACACUCUCCCCGCUCUCAACCGCCCGGUCGACACCCCUUUGACCUCGCCUGCUUACUCGGAGGCUUCUCACACUCCCUCUCUUGAGCCACCAUCCAUGGUCUCAGACCACAACUCAGUUUCCUCCGCAUCCCCUAGGACCAUCUCAUCGCCACAGCUCCUGCCAUUCCCCGUGGACACCCGCCAACAAUAUGGCGAGUUCCGCAAGCAGAGUUCAUUGGAUGACGUCUACAUCUAUCCAACCCCGAAGAAGCUGGACACAUUUGCCGAUCUGCCCUUCAAAUCCAGAUGGGUUUCGGACAACCAGCCUUGGAACCAGCACUCAACCUCAUUGUCGCAGACCUGGCUUGUUGCCCCCGAAGAGUCCCGACCAGAGGCACCUAAAGCCGAAUCCCCACGUGAUUCGCGUAUGGGUCUCAACAACCUGCUGAACUAAUGACGAUUCUUCGGUUUUGGAAUGAUCGUAUGACUUCUUUCGCAUACCUUUUUUUGUCUUGAUUUGCUUCAUUUCGGAUGAUAUCCUGGAAGCGUUCUGUAUAUGCUUGACCGACCCCUUGUCACUCUUUUGACCUUUGAAUUUUUUUUCCUUUGGUUUUUUCUUUUUUCUUUUUCAUUUUUUGCAUUUCCUUUGUAUCUAUAUCAUGUACAUUUUGGAUGAUUUUCGUAUAUAUCCACGGCGGGUCACGUGGUAAUUUGGUGCCGCUUUGGUUUGGGACAAAAGCAUGUUCGGAGAAUUGUUGAUUCUACGGUCAUCGUUGGGUGGAUGACUACUUGGAUGGUUUAGAGAAAAGACGGAAGUGAUGGACGGACUGUUUCCUUCUGCAUGUGUAUAGGUCUGUGUUUCCGGAUACACGGUUGUAUCCACUCUGUGUGUGCUUGGACUUUAAUAAUACCCCUGGCUGUUGAUUGUUGGUUACAAUGAAUCUUAUGAUGCUUCUAAUUCUUGUGUAUGAUAUUGAGUCUUAAUUGAUCUUUUUCCCUCUGGAAGUCUUCUCCGGUCUGGCCGUACAUUCUUGGAUGGGCACGGCAGUUGGGUGGGAUCCCCACCGUUAACCCUUCAGCUGAACUCCCUUUUUGUGGCUGGCUGUCAUCGGCAUUCAUCUACGACUGUUCCUCACGAGGAGGACGCAAGGGGGUCGGCCGAGUGACAUCCGAAAACGAGCAGCGAGGGACGAUAUCAUUU